AUGAAGAACAUUCAUUUUGUUUACCUUCUCAGUUUCUGCCUGUUUUUUACAAGAUGUUCUGGUAAGAAUGAUGAGGAGAGGCUGAUUAAUGACCUUUUAGUGGUCAACAAAUAUAACAAACAUGUGCGGCCAGUCCAGCAUAAGGAUGAGGUGGUGAAUAUUGCUCUGGGUUUAACCCUCUCCAAUCUUGUCUCAUUAAAAGAAAGUGAUGAGACUCUUACUUCAAAUGUAUGGAUUGAUCACGCAUGGUAUGAUAAUCGACUGACCUGGAAUGCAUCAGAAUACAGCGACAUUUCCAUCCUUCGACUUCCCCCUAACUUAAUAUGGAUACCGGAUAUUGUCCUAGAAAACAACAACGAUGGGCAGUACAAUGUGGCUUUUUUUUGCAAUGUGCUGAUCCGACCAAAUGGAUUUGUUACAUGGCUUCCCCCUGCAAUAUUCAGGAGUUCCUGUCCCAUCAAUGUCCUUUAUUUUCCAUUUGACUGGCAGAACUGCUCCUUGAAAUUCACCUCUUUGAAUUACAAUGCAGAGGAGAUAAAUAUGGAGCUAACAACAGAGUUUAUAGGUGACAAAGAGUAUCCCAUUGAAUGGAUUAUUAUUGAUCCCGAAGCUUUCACAGAGAAUGGUGAAUGGGAAAUUAUACACAAACCUGCAAAAAAGAACAUCUAUACAGAUCUUCCCCGUAACAGUACCAAAUACCAGGAUAUCACCUUCUAUCUCAUAAUUAGGCGCAAGCCAUUAUUUUAUGUCAUCAACAUUAUUACUCCCUGCGUCCUCAUUUCCUUCCUCGCAUCAUUGGCUUUUUAUCUUCCUGCAGACAGUGGUGAGAAGAUGACCUUGUCUAUUUCUGUCUUACUUGCUCAGUCUGUUUUUCUGCUGCUAAUUGCACAAAGAUUACCGGAGACAGCUCUAGCUGUUCCAUUAAUUGGCAAGUACUUGAUGUUCAUAAUGAGUCUGGUCACUAUUGUGGUAGUGAAUUGCAUCAUUGUGUUAAACUUUCACUUCCGAACUCCAAGCACACAUGUUCUCUCAACUGGGAUUAAAUGGCUCUUUUUGGAAAAACUCCCACGGAUCCUCCACAUGUCCCGUGCUGCUAACAAUGAACCAUCGACUUGGCAGAACAAUUUGAUGCUGCGUCGCAGCAGUUCCAUUGGAUACAUUUCCAAAGCACAAGAAUAUUUUAACAUCAAAUCUAGAAGUGAACUUAUGUUUGAAAAACAAUCUGAACGUCAUGGAUUGACACCACGAGCCACUCCAACCAUUGGUGAGAGCAGUGGCAACGAUAACAUGGAUACUUCAGACCAGCUACAUGCAGAAAUCAAAGCGGGUAUUGACGGGACAAAUUACAUUGUGAAACACAUAAAAGAACAAAAUGCCUAUGAUGAGGAAGUUGAGAGCUGGAAUCUAGUGGCCCAGACUAUUGAUAGACUGUGCAUGUUCAUCAUAACUCCAGUAAUGAUCUUUGGAACCAUCUUCAUAUUUGUGAUGGGAAACCUCAAUCACCCUCCACCAUUGCCAUUUGAAGGCGAUCCCUUUGAAUAUUCAUCAGAUCGUCCACGAUGUAUGUAAC